AUGGAGUUUGUCCUGCGGAGCACUACAGGAACGCCUGCCUUGCUGGGCGAGCGAGCGUCGCGAGCCAUCAGCAGCGACCCAGCAAUGGCUGAGCCCGCCUCACACGUGGCUUCUGAGGAGAACCUCAGCCUGGAGCCCAAGAGGAUGGCCUCGCCCACCCCGAAGGAGAAGCAGCCCAGGCGCCGCCGCCGCCGCCGCCAGGGCAAUGACUACAGCUUCGCUGCCUACUUCCCCAAGGUCCUGAAGCAUGUUCACAAGGGCCUCAGCCUGUCCAAGGAGGCCAAGGGCGUCAUGGACUCCAUCGUGAGAGACGUAUUUGAGCGCAUCGCCAACGAGGCCGCCAGCCUGGUCCGCCACAGCAAGCACUCGACCCUCACCUCCAGAGACCUGCAGAGCGCCGUUCGCCUCCUGCUGCCCGGGCAGCUGCACAAGCACGCGGACGUGGAGGGCACCAAGGCCCUCCUGAAGUUCAUCACCCGCCACUGA